CUCGGGAGCCUGUCAGUCAGUGAAAAAAGGUUUGAUGGUGCAGAAAUAUGUACGAGAAGUGAAAAAUUCGACUUUCUUCCUCCUCUGGUUCUGGUAGAGAAAAAGGCAGAAGGAUAUACACGACGAAGCGGAGGAAAAUUUACCAAUUCUUGUGAUAUGCAUUAGGUUUUUUGAGUUUUUUGUUUUGUGCGGGCGUAAUCCAUUUUUGUGGUUAUUAGUGCAAUUCGGGGGGCAUUGCAGUGAGGAGGAAAUUUUCGUGGGAUACAGCCAAGGAAGAAAAUCUAUCUUGAAUGAAGUGAAGAGUGAGCCUGCAGAAAAUUAAGCGAAAAAGCAUAGUCUCAAAAGUGGUUCUACCUAGCGUUAAUGGAAAGUGCGUGAAGGAAAAAUUCAAGGAAGGAAGAAAAAAGCGAAUCGAGUGUGGUGGAAAUAUUGAUUUCGCGUACCGUCGUCUUCUAAAUCUGUGCUGAGCGCCUCCAGGAUACAAGGCACACAUCCGAAUCACCUUCAGCACUGAAAACUGGGAUUGCAAGGACGGGAAAAUGUUUACGGGUACUCUACGUUUGAAAAUCUGCGAAGCCUGUGGCCUGCGACCGACGGAUUUUCAGACGCGACAUGCGAUGACAUUCGGCAGACUCAGCGAUCAACUCAUCGAUCCGUAUGUCUCGAUAGACGUUGAUGAAAAGUUCAUAGAACGAUCGACGACAAAACCACGCACAUUUGAUCCAGUAUGGAACGAAAGCUUUAUACACGAGGUAGAAAACGCCAGCGCACUCGGCAUGACGAUAUUCCACGAGGGUCCUAUUACGGAUGUAUUCGUAGCCAACACGACAAUUCCCUUCGAUGAUCUAGUCUCAAGAAAUGAAUCAGACCAGCAGGAUUUCUGGGUUGAUUUAGAACCGCAGGGUCGGUUACACGUCAAAAUCGAUCUGAAAUGGAACCAGGACUCGAGCAGUAUUGCAUCGCAGCAAAUGCUACAACAGCCGCAGGCAAAUUCUUACCGACGGAUGGGUGGCAAGGACCAGCCAUUCUUGAACCGGCGACGCGGUGCCAUGAGGAGGCGAGUGCACCAGGUUAAUGGUCACAAAUUUAUGGCCACGUAUCUGCGUCAGCCAACGUUCUGCUCCCACUGUCGGGAAUUCAUAUGGGGAUUAAUAGGAAAACAAGGCUAUCAAUGUCAAGUUUGCACAUGCGUGGUCCACAAACGGUGCCAUAGUUCGGUCGUGACCAAGUGCCCCAAGAAAAAGGACGAGCAAACCAGACCCACCCCGGAGGACGCGGCCCAGCGCUUCAAUGUAAAUAUACCACAUAGGUUCGCGGUGCACUCGUUCAAGCGGCUGACAUUCUGCGACCACUGCGGCUCGCUGCUGUACGGCAUCUUCCGGCAGGGUCUGAAGUGCGAGGUAUGCAACAUGAACAUCCACCGGCGCUGCGAGGGCAACGUGGCCAACAACUGCGGCAUCAACACGAAGCAGCUGGCCGAGCUGCUGAACGAGAUGGGUAUCACCAUGGAUAAAACACCACCACGUAAAUCUAAGUAUUUAAACCAAGCGCCUAGUGAUAACUCAUCCACCUCCGAACGCAGCGAGGACAGUUCGCUGGAUUCGCUUUCGACAAAGAGCAGCUUGGACACGGAGAGUCUGCAUUCGCAGCCGGGCGCACAACAGCAACAUCUGGGUGGCCGACCAACGUCUAGUCAGCAGCAGAAACAGGUCGGCGCCGCCGGUGCCACGACUCAGGACGACGACAGCAACCGGGCGGCGAGCGGUGGCCUCACGGUUGGCAAGUCGUGUCUGAACGAUUUCAACUUUAUCAAAGUGCUUGGCAAAGGUUCCUUCGGAAAGGUCAUGCUGGCCGAACGGAAAGGUACCGACGAGGUGUACGCCAUCAAGGUGCUGAAGAAGGACGUCAUCCUGCAGGACGACGAUGUGGACUGUACGAUGACCGAGAAGCGAAUUCUGGCGCUAGCGGCCAAACAUCCGUUCUUGACAGCGCUGCACUCGUGCUUCCAAACGCCGGACCGUUUGUUCUUCGUGAUGGAGUACGUCAACGGGGGAGAUUUGAUGUUCCAGAUUCAGCGGGCGCGCAAAUUUGAUGAGCCGCGGGCGGCGUUCUAUGCGGCUGAAGUGACGUUAGCACUGCAGUUUCUUCAUCGCAACGGAGUAAUUUAUCGGGAUUUGAAACUGGACAACAUUCUACUGGACGCCGAAGGUCAUUGCAAGCUGGCUGACUUUGGAAUGUGCAAGGAGGGUAUCAUCGGUGAAAAUUUGACCUCGACGUUCUGUGGCACACCCGACUAUAUUGCUCCGGAAAUUUUGCAAGAGUUGGAUUACGGCCCGUCGGUAGAUUGGUGGGCAUUAGGUGUUCUAAUGUAUGAAAUGAUGGCGGGGCAACCGCCAUUCGAGGCGGAUAACGAGGAUGAUCUGUUCGAAGCUAUUCUCCGAGAUGACGUGCUGUAUCCAGUUUGGCUAUCACGUGAAGCAGUCUCGAUUCUAAAAGGAUUCAUGACAAAGAAUGCAGCGAGGCGGUUAGGCUGUAUUGAUGGCGAAAACCAGAUACGUACUCAUCCGUUCUUCAAAGACAUGGAUUGGGAAGCGCUAGAGCAGCGAAAAGUACGACCACCAUUCCGGCCAAGAGUGCGAAGUGCACGUGAUGCCCUCAAUUUCGAUACCGAGUUUACCAAGGAGGACCCAGUAUUAACCCCAGUACCGAACGACAUCAUCCGUUGCAUCAACCAGGAAGAGUUUGCCGGAUUUUCGUUCGUGAAUGCCGAGUUUGGUCCUGAGCGUAAGCUUGUUUGUUAAAAGACGAGCAUUAUGCAAAUCAACCAGAGUAACAAACAACAAGCACACAUUUAUAUACAUUGCGCGCUUUACCGCUUAUAAGUGAUAAAACCAAAGAGUAAAACAAAACACAAGUAAGCACACAAACAAUACAAGCAUACACAUACAACAAAUAGGUGUUGCUCCAAGUUUAGGAGCACUAAUAGGGAAGUUAUAAAGAAAAAAAAAUGAAAAGAGCGAACACGUUCUAGGAGAUUUUAUAAUCGCAGGACAGUCCUGAUUUUUAUUACAAAUGCCAUCACUCCAAUAACCGAUCGGUAUCGAAAGCGACUGUAUACCGAAUGCAAAGUUGGAACAGCGCUCGAAAUGUUACAAACGAGAUUAGGAAAAGCUAAUUUUGGGCGGCCACGCCAAGUAAAAUUCAGAGUACGGCAGUGCAAAGAGCACGAAGCACGUCAGACCGAAACGAACCAGUCGAUUUUAGUAGGAAUAACUUCUUUUUAGUUGAUAGUUUCGAGUGAGGGUAGCAUUACAAAUGCAAGACACGUUUCGUUGAAGAAUCUGUUACUUUAUGGUAUUGAGUUUAGUUGCCAUACUUAUUGCGAUAAAAUCGAACGAAUUAUCGAUUAUGCAGUGAUUUUUUUUGUUUAGGCUUUCAUCGGUUUAUUUUGUGUAGUGAAGUAAUAGCUUUAAUCAGUAGGAGUAUUUGCGCUCUUAAAGUGGAGCUUAUUGAGUGCAAUAUUUUGAUGUUAACUUUUGUGUUUUUGUUAAGUUUAAUGCUGCUAAGUAUUUCGUUUACUGAGUAAUAUGUCCAGCAAACUAUCAUAUCUAGGUUAAUUUGUUUUAAACGCAUUUCAUCAAAUGUAAAUCUUGUUUCUAUGUAAUUUGGACCAUAGGAAAAGCUCCUCAACUAUUGAACUUUGGUUCAAACUUGUCCAAACUAUUAUACGAAUCAUCUGACUUAAACAAAUAAACUACAGAACAAUCUGAAACUGGUUGAGUAAAAUGAUUGCUUUUAUCCACAAGUUAUUUUAGGCAUAUAGGAAUAGUUUUCGAUAAGUCGUCGCCAUAAUUCAAGUAUGCUUUCGCCACGCUAGUCAUUAGAUCAUGUUUUACCUGUUAGAAAAGUGGAGUUUAGUCAAGUGCGUACUUUGAGUUGUCGUUACGGUUAUAUUGUUCCAAGAGUUACGGAUUCAUUUAAGGGUUGACAGGUUGCUUUGCUAAAUAGAACAAGUCGCAUUCGCUAAUCAUUAAAUGUGACUGGGUAAAAUGGGGUGCCACAUGAACUAAUAUUGUAUGACAUUCUGAAAUACUCAAAUUAAUUUCCAGAAAAUACAAAUAUAGCAGUCAUCAUAAUUCGUCGAAAUAAAUAGUUUUUAGUAUUGAGCCUCGAAAAAAAAUGUAUAAAAAUGAAAAAGGUUCCGGCCUAUCUUCUGUUGCGAAAAAGUGGCUCAUUUUUUUUCUCUCCUUCCUUUAUUCAAAUUUAUUUGAAUAAUUAGUCGUAGCUCCCGUUCAAUACAAAAACAAAGAUAUUUCAUUGAAUCGUGUCAAUGCACGUAUUUUUUUCGAACAGGCGAAAUCUUUUGAAAUAGGACAGGAAUGGAAAUGCAUAGGGAAUGUAAUUUGAAUCAACAUUUUCGACAAAUUUGAUAAAUGACAUAAAACAACAUUUAUCAACACUAAGAAUCGAAUGGCGAAAAAAAAUCAUAUUGUCAGAGAAUCUACACAUUUAAAAUAAAUCGCAGAUUUCUGUGAAAUUUCACCGAAAUCUCAACAGCAGAACUGUUCGGUGAAUAAUUUUACAGAUUUUCGGUGGUUUUGACAGUUGAACAAAGGAAAAAUCGCCGAAAUUUUUGUGAAUUGAAACAAAAUUCACCGAAAUCUGUGAAAAGAUUUAAGUGUUUACCAGUUCACAUUUUUUACAAUCUAGCAAAGCAACUAGUCAACAAUUUGAAGAAAAAAUCUCCAAAACCUUAAAAAUGUAUUACCUUUAUUAUAGUUAUGUCAUAUUUAGAACGAAGUAAUCUCUUACCAUGGAACUCACCAACCGGAGCUAGCUAGGACUAAGGAAUGUUGUUAUAGGAAAACGAAAGAGUAAAAUAUCAGUAAAAGUGUUGCGAGAUUUUAUACUCUCAAUAGUAGAGCUAUUUACAAACGAAGUCGUUGGUAGAGGAAAUUAGUAGAUGGCAAAGGAGUGGAAGUUCAUAUGGCUUCCCGAUGAUGAGAUGGUAUAAUUAUUACUAUUUGUGUCGUUAAAUGUGUAAUAUUCUGAACAACAAAAUACAAAAUUAGCUAUACAUUCUUUAUUACAGUCAAAUGACUCAUGCAUACAGCAUGCUAUACCAUUAAACAGCAACAAAAAAGCAAAGUCUGUAUAAGCAGACAAUUUUAUUUUCUGGUAUUUUAUAGCGAACCUUUUCAAAAAAAAUUACAAUCCUACAAAACUAGUUGAAUUCAUUAUUUUUUCACAUCUUUCUGAAUUUCAGCAUACACAACCUAAGUUUAGUUAAUUUUUUUUUCGAAUCUGGUUUUUAACUUUAUUAUUAAUACUACUUGAUAACUUUUCAAGCUAAAUUUUGUCAUAACGUUAAGAAACAAAAUUAUCGACCAUUACAGCGAGAUUAUGAAUUUCGUCUCAUUUUUAUAUUUAUUUUAGAUUUAGAAUCCUCCAUAAUUUCGAUACCCUAGAACCUGAAGAGGAAAACCUAUGGAUGUAGGAAGUUUGCAAAAAAAAAGUUGUUCGGAGAAGUCUUGAAUGUUUCUUUUUUUGUUAAGUCUAAAAAGCAGGUGCGAAUUGAAUUUGUGCAACUGAACCUCGGACAUGAUGUGAUUGCACAGAGUAAAAUAAAUGAUUUUUGUUGGUUCCUGGAUCAUAGUUUUUAUGUGUAGCAUUACUUUCUGAGUGGAAACAUCAAAAUAAAGGAAAUUGUGCAAAGGAAAGCUAUUAGCAGGUGAGGGUUAGAUAAAUGAAUGGUGGCAUUGUUUUACUAAGCAUUUUCAAUGCGAUGAAUUAGAAAAUGCAAGAAACGUUCAACAGUGAAUGAACCCAGAAAAAAAGAAAAUCCGUCUGAUUGUAUGAAGCAGAUUUGAAGUAUUGUAUUAAAGGAAGAGCAUACCAAAAACUGAGAUUUUAAAACAUAUAGAUUCCGGCGUUAGGCGGGUAUACACAAUCGUAUUUUUAUUAAUUUGGAAACCUCGAUAGGUAUGUUCACGGGAAUGUUGAACGCAGUGCGAAUAAAAUGUUUUGUUUCACGAGACCGCCAACAAAAAAAUGUUACACCGAAUCGUACAUACUCCCACCCACACAUAACAGAAAACCAGUCUGUGGGAGACUGGGUACUCCAAGAAAAAAAAACUAAAAGGAACACACAUUUCCAAACUUACUCGAAUGAAAAUCUUCCCAUUAGAGCAGGUUAAAGUUUUUCCCUUUGUUUAGCAUAUGUCCAUUGCGGCAAAGCAUGAAAUACGUCGCAAUGCAACAUUUUGUUGAUAACUUAUUGUUGUGUAUUCAUAUGACAAAUUUACGUUGAAGAAACAGGAAGAAAUUCAGCCGCAGAAGACAAAAUAACAAACCAUUAAAUGCAGAAAACCGUUGAUUAAAAAUAAGAAAAUCCGUGUAAAUUAGUUAAAUGUUUAGGUAGAUUAAAGAACACUAUAUUAUUAUUCUAAAUCAUAUUGCAGCAGAAGCAGUAUCGUGGUGGAAUACACUAAAAAAACUGGAAGAGAAUGCGUAUGAUGUAUCACAUAAAUGUACGCUGAAAAUAUACAGACUAAAGAAGAAAACGAAAUUAACGCCAGCAAAAAUUAGAAACAAAUCGCAGAAGUCAAACAAUAGCAAGAAAGUACUAAAAGCAAGAGCGAACAAGUGGAUGCACUAAGCAGUAUGUAUAUGAAUAUAAAAUAUUUAUGAUAACGUAUAAGUAAAUUAGUGCACUGAAUGUUACAGAGACUGUAAGGAUGCAGCAAACACAAUAAAGUGAUGAAUAUGGUCACCAAAGCGAUGUUCUGAUCACUUUUAUACUAGAUCCUCACAAAAAAAAUACAAAUCGUGGUUUUAAAAAGCAGAGAUUAAAAAGUAGUAGACGCAAUGUGUAAUAAAAUAGGAUAUAACAGACGAGCACAAAAUCGAGAAAGCAAAACAAAAAGUAUUGCAUAAAAAGAGACAGAUUAAACAAGGUUUAACUGUUGUGCAUAAUUUAUUGAUGUUCUAUUUAGGAAACUUGUACUAUUUAUUUACAAUUUUCGUUGACGAUCAUUAGCGUACAAUCGCUCGUAUUUUCUGACAACUAGACAAAUGAAUCACAUCGUUCUUGCCAGCUUCAUUUACGGACAAUCUUUAAGUUUUGUUCCUACUCCGUACUCUAAGACUAGCUAACGCCUACAUUUCAUCCACAAGAGUAAAACAGUAGCAGAACGUCGUCAACUAAGAAAGAACUAAUUAGUUUCAAUAUCCCCCUUUUGAAAGUAUCCCACCGUAACUAAGCGAUCAAGUAACUCCACUAAGAAACUCCAGGGAUGGAACAUGUGCGUCAUCGAGCGGAUUCGCACGCGAUAUUCAUUUUGCUAGGAUGUUUUCUUCCUAUCUCAUGUACACAUAAAUACAAACACACACGCACACACACACACUUUCUUUCUCACGACUCGUUCGGUUCCGCAACAGCCCAACCCAAUUGUAUCAAACAGAGCAGAGUUUGAUGUGCCAUCAUCACCAAUCAAAUGGAAACCAAAUGUUACAUGUAUGGGACAGAGCAUGUGUAGAUACCUUUUUAAAUGUCUACAAAUCCGAAUAGAAAACGGAAAAUCAAUCAGGAAACAUUCAAGAAUCGCGCUGUUCGUUAUGAAACAAACGAGAAAAAGAAUCGUGGAACCUAAGUAGAAGCAAGACAACUAAACACAUGAACGGCAAAAUGAAACCAAAUUUUAACCAUGGACCGAUUCAGCAAACAAACAUAGAAAACAGGAACCCGAUACGAUAGAGAACGCGUUAUGAGCAAAACCAAAUGAAGAAAAUAAGAACAAAACAUGAAAAUUAAUAUAUAAAUACCAAAAUAUUAUAUAAUAAUAACAAGAAAUAAAUAUAUAUAAAAUAUGUGAU